ACGCAAAAUCUUGUUCGUAGAAGUUUCAUUUUCUUGGCAUAAACACAGGUUGAGAAAUGUUGGACGUUUGGAAAAUCCCUUUGAGGGCAACACCCCUUUGCAUAAAAUUUGUGUCAAGCGGAAGAGAGGUAGGCUACUUAAAGACAGAAUUGUGUGACAGCGAGAAAAUAGUGGUUGAAUCAUGCAUUUACCAGUUUGCCUCCUUGUUUUCUCAUUGUUCCAGAGUUGGGCCAAUGCACACAAUCACAGGAAAGCGGUGGUGCAGGUGGCAGAAGGUCGACCUCAUCUGCUGUCCGGCGGCUUUUUACGCCUGGUCUGCCACGUUCCACAGGACGCAGACCCAGACUCGCCCUGGAUGUUCGAGUGGUUUUAUAACGGCCGGUCUGUGUCACUGAGCACGACGUAUACCUUUUGGGAAGCCCGUGUUCUCCAAAGUGGCAACUACACCUGUACAGGCAGCAGAGAGUCUGUGCUGGACCGCACAGGCAUCCUGCGGACGCAGAUUAGUGACCCUUUAUGGGUGGAGAUUGACGGUGGUUGGGUUAUCCUGAAGGCCCCCAGCAAGCCUAUGAUCAUGGAGGAAUCGAUGGACCUGACUUGCCACAUUCGUGGGAACCGUUCACCUCAAGAAGUGGUCUUCUAUUUGGACGGUAGAGAGGUUGGGAGGCAAGGUCGCAGCACUCUGACCGUGCACAACCUUACCUCAGAGGAUGCAGGACAAUAUUCCUGCAAAGCCACAUGGGAAGAGAAGGGAUUUUACCACUCCUCCGUAUCCACUGGUGUUCCAGUAUCCAUCCUUGAAAUCCUGGAGACACCACUGCUGCUGGCUGAGCUGCACCUGGUCCGGAGGAAAAUGAAUCUUCAGCUGACCUGCAGAACACAGCUCAACACUCGAGAGGAGACCUCCACUCCCAUCCUCCACUACUUCAUGAAGAACGGCCGCCUGCUGGGCCCGGCCUCGUCCCAAAACGCCUUCACCAUCCGGGACGUGAGCAAGGGGGACAGUGCCAGGUACAGCUGUAGCGUGGCUGUGCCCGCACUGGGUGAGAGGAAGGGGAGCUACGAGGUGGAGGUAGCUGUGCCAUGGAAACGCUAAACACAGGGGAUGUGGCCCUACCAUGGCCUAACGGUAGGGCACUCGUCUACUAUGCGGCCGACCUGGGUUCGACUCCCGGUCUGGGUCCUUUGCCGGCCCUUUCCCGUCUCUCUCUCCCAACUCACUUCCUGUCACCAUCUUCACUAUACUGUCAUAAAUGAAGUCAAAAAGACCAAAAAAUAUCUUCAUAAAAAAAUAACACAGAGAAUCAGCCAACUUAAGCCGUAACUGAUUGGAUUUAUCCGUUUGUGUAAAUCCAAGGCACCUUUCCUAGAGCUGCACAGGUUAAGAGUUUCCUCCGCAUGACGCCAUGUGUCGUUAGCAUGUCACUACAUUGGUUGAUGGUCAGGAUGUAUCAACUAAGUGCUUGAUCUCUGUAUGUCUGAGAAUGUGCAUAAUGAUUGCAAUCGUGGUCAUACAUUUUGCCUUUUUUUUCUUAUGUUUUGUCACACAUGCAUGCAUGACUUUGAUUUAUUUAUUACUAUUUUCAACACAACUACUCAGUCUCUCGGAAGACUAGCAUGUGUGUAAAACAGAAGAUGAGUUAUAGACAUCAUUAUUACCACUUAUCAGUGUCCCAUAGUAAGCUUAUUAUCACACUGCUGCCAUACAGUAUUUUUGUUUUGCACUGCGUGAAAAUCAAAGGUGGAAACUGGACUAUCAUACUCACUGCUUUUUUUAUUUAAAAAGUGAACAAAAAUGAACACAUUGUAUAUCCUUUACUGCUUUUGUAAUAAAAGUUAAAUUAAUCAGGCUGUACAUUUUUGCAUUUGAGUGGAAUGAAGUGGAGAGCUACCACUUCAUUCUCUAGCAUGUGGAUUUUUUUCCACUUUCUUCAUUAACUUAACAAUGUGACCACUAUACUACAAACAACAUUAUAGUCCGGACUCCGGAGGCAUGAGACAUCGCUAUACACAUUUUUUUUUGUACAGGAUUUUCUGAAAUAAUUAGGACUUCAAUGCAGAUACAACAUUGUCUCUUAACUCAGUGACAUACAAAGUAGGAGGGGGGAUAUUCGAGCAUAACGUAAAAAAAGGUGUCACAUUUCUUUAAUAAAAAAAAACAUAUUGUCUAACAUGUCUG